UUCUGUUGUGUAACCUCGAUCGGGUAGCAUUGAUCUUGAAAAAGUGUGGAAGGUCUGCGCCCUUCUACGAAGGACUUGAACUUUUAAGGACAAAGCGGCGAUCGCGCGUUCCGCUCUCUCUCUCCAGUGGCCUUUUCGCAGCACAUGUGCGUGUAAGAGGAUCAGGGCCAGGGAAGAAAGCGCGUUGUUUCUGAAGUGUAACACCGGAGUGCAAAUUUGAUUCAGUUCGUUCGGGUGGGUUGCUGCGAUUUGUUGCAUAAAAAGUAAAACAAAGCUUUGAACAACACUCCUACCGUUUGCUGUAAUGGAACUGGUGCCAACGGUGGAAAAGUGGAAGUGAUUAUAAAUUGGUUUUGUCAUUUUCUCACGUUGUUGGUCUAUUGUGUUCAAAUGCAGUAAUAGUGCUGUAAUCAAAGACAGAAAGUGAAUGUGCUUUUUCCUUGUUUUUAUUUUGUUUCAUGUGGUGCUGUUGAGAAGUUGAGAAGCAGUUGCAAGUGAAUCCGUUAAGCGAACAUUCCUUUGCGCUUGCGUCAUCGAAGAAAGCAGAAACCCGGUUGCGGAAAUUAUGAGUGCUUCAUUUGCAUUUUUACUGGUUGCGAUAUGUGCCUGUUUGGUUAGUGCCCUGCCAAAGGAUCUCCACGCGAAGGAUGUAGCCGACGAGCCGGUGGUCGGUCAUUCGACCAACAUAAUAACGGCCAGCAUGCUGAAGGGCAGCGUCGAUUCUCCCGCCAAUCAGGUGUUUUCGCCGGUUGGAUUUGCGUCCAUUUUGGCGAUGAUCAGUGAGGGUGCCGAAGGUGCAACUAGGGAGGAACUGUACGAUGUUCUCAAGUUUCCAACGGAGCGAAAUCAAGUUCGCAGUGCGUUUGACCAAGCUCUGAAGCGACUCAGUGCCCAAAACCCAGCCAAUGAGCCUCAGUUCAAGAGCUGGUUUUAUAUCUACAAGGAUAACACGAUCAAGCCAGAUUAUCGUUCAGUGCUACAGAGCAACUACUAUGUAGAUGUUCGUGAUAUUGAACGUAACGAUUACAACUUUGAUGAACCGAAGACAUCACUGGGAUCAAUUGAACCUUCGAUUGAUCUUACUCCGGAUGAAGAAGCGAUCGUCGUAGUCCAGGUUGUUCCAUCGAAUAACAACAGCAAGGAUAUUAUCGAUUUUGAAGAUCUUAAGAUCAAAUCAGUUCCAUUGGAUAAUGUGCGAUCGGAUGUCGGUGUUGCAACCAAGUAUGACGAGGUGGAUGACGCGGAGAAUCCCAAGUUCGACAAGGAUAUUGAAGAUAAGGAGUACGUGGAACCAACACAAAUUAAGGAAGAAAUUGCUAAACAAAAGGACGAGCACACGAACGAGGUGUUAGACGAACCAUUGUCGAAGGCUGCCGUUAAACAGGUGGACAGAGUUGAGGUGGAUGCUCCACAGAAGGUCAGUUUAUCAUUGAAGAAGCUGGAGAGCGAUGAGCAUGAGAUUAUGCAUGCUGUGGAGAGCCAGGCUUCGAGGCAGAGGUUCAACGUCAGACGGUCUUUUCUGUCGGGAGAUGUUGCCUCGGCCCUGAGCGGAAACUCUUUAGUCGGACGUAAAGUUAAUGCCAAAGAAGGGGAUCAAGAUCAAAAUGAGUCGAAGAUGUUGCUAUUCAAUGGGUUGUACUACCGCGGGAGUUGGGCCAGUCCGUUUGAGGUUCAGUCCGACGUAGGAUACUUUUCCACCAACGGCCAGUCGAAACCAGUGACCACAAUGCGUUCAACGGGCAAAUUCAGCGUGGGAUCAAGUGAAGAACUGGAUGCCAAGUUUAUUCAACUGCCAUACAAUAACUCACGCUAUUCACUGAUGCUGAUGGUACCCAACAAGGCCGACGGGCUCAAAGAGUUGAUCAAAAACUUUAACUGCCAUAGUUUGAGCAGCGCUCAGAAAGACCUCAACGAAAUUCCAGUUCAAAUCACUAUGCCCAAAUUCCAAAUUGACACAACUAGCAGAGCUGAAAAGGCUUUGGCCAAGCUGGGACUGAUCAAGAUGUUCACCUCCAAAGCAAACCUCAGCGGAAUCACAGAAGAGCAGAAGAUUCAUGUCGAUGAACUGGUCCAGCACGUUUCGAUCCGGGUAGAUGAAGGAUCCAGUAGUGAAACUGCCCUAUCCGCUACCAACAAAGUUGAAGCAAAAACAACUGGCAUUGAAGUGGAAGAAUUCGUCAUCGACAGGCCAUUCUUGUUCUUCGUGCGUGAUACCGUCGACGAUUUGGUGAUCGUUGCUGGCAAGAUCAACGAUGUUCCGGCAUCGGAAGUCCGAGUUAGCCACAUGGGUGCUGAAUGCUCUGUCGGGAGUCUGACUGCAGAGAUGGACCAUUUGGAAAGCUGGUGGAAGGAAUUCAAAUCCCUGCAAGAUGAAAUACUGGACUUCUGUGAAGACGACAACCAGUUGGACAGUAUCAUCGAGGAACUAAUUCAAGCUGACACACAAAGGAACGCGAUCAAAUCAACCAUCAAACGGCUACUUCGAGAGGCCCAGAAUUCAAUGGCGAAUCAAGAGAAAUCCAGUACCACCGUUCAACGACUCACUGGCGAACAAUGCCUUUUCUAUCCGAAGUUCAACACUACCGGAUCGACCGAAACCCGUCAUCAAUACGCACCACCCAAGCCAACCUUGGAAUCCACACCGCCGAAGCAUACGAACGCAGCCGACAUCGUUUGUCUUCAAAUCCCCAACACUUUGAUCCAUCACAAUCCAUCACUGGAGCGAUUUUCAACUGCAGCAUCAGUUGAAAAUUAUUGCCUUCAGGAUGCAAGCACAGCAAACUCUCAAAUUUCAUCACUCGACCAACCGCCACAAGAAGCCAUCUCUCAGGAAGCUAUCAUCGGACAACCUGCACCACAAAUCGUCACCAAGACUCUGGAACCAUCGGGAUGUGACAAACAGCCACAGUUUUCGUCCCAAUCUCUCUCGAUCACUUACCACACAAGCAAGCAACAUUCAUCGGAAACUCAAGCAACGAAACCCAUUCAUCAUACCAAGAGCGUAGCUACAAUCAAGCAGCUGAAUGAAAUCUCAAUCAACCAUCUACAACAAUCAUCGACACACUAUGAAGCAUGCAUACGUCUAUCUGCUAACGAAGAACAGAGCACGAAAAACCAGUCAUCCAACAUGGCAGAACAUAGCAUCUCAUCACCAGCAAACGGAAUCAUUCAUCUACAUGGGUCAUCCAUCAACAUAGCCGUCUACAGGUUACCGAAAUCCAUCGACAUCGUUUCCCCAUCGCAUCGGCAAUGUCCACCACUCAAAAAACAGCCACAGCAAAUUCUCUUCAACCCCACAUCAUCUCAGCAUAUGAUUCGUGUAUGGUGGGCGGCACGAGUUACCAACCAUCUUCGCUACAACUUGCAAGUAAUUGCUUUCAUCUUCAUCCGAAGGAGAGUAUGGGGAGAAAAUCAUCGUUAUCAACAAAGGAUUCCCUCCCAGCUAAUCAAGUCAAGCCGAUUGCUCAAGGUGAGUGAAAUGAAGCACAUCAAGAACCCACAUCACAUCGAUCAGCAUCAUAAGCCAAACCUCGUCAGCACAACAUCCUCACACCAAUGUACAACAACCGUUGCAACGAUGGAAAAGUUCAGUGCACUAUUUUGUGGUUUCCUCCUCAUACUGCCCUAUGCCCAAAGUCAACAAAUGACGAAUGCUCAAACCAGUAAUAUAAAUAUUCUGAACAGAUAUUGUCAGCCAUCGGUAAGAAAUACCCUAAAUACAGCAGAUGCCUUUCGACGAAUAUGUCAAAAUUAUCCAGCUACUACUUGUUGUAGCUAUAUAAACGGUUUAAUCAAGCAGAACCCACACUUAUAUUUAUGUUCCCUGGAUCAAAGCGGUUAUACCUUCACAAAUGAAUGUAAAACAACUGCUACUGUCAAUGAUGAGCAGAUCGCUACUCGAAUAUCUGAUUCGAGCAUUGUUUUUAGGGACGACACAUACGACGACUUGAUAACUACUAAUGCACAGAAGAACAAAAUCGCCACACCGCCUCGAUCAAAUGCAGGUCAUAAACCAGAGUACAGUCCUGUUCAGGCUUCAAGUAUACAGAAUGUGGAGCAAUCUCCAGCUUCACCGGCACGACCAUAUCCAACCUAUGAACAAUCCGUCUCUACACAACAGGUACAGCAAGGUACAUUCCAGUUCAACUUUGGAAAUCCCCAGGAUGCGGUACAAGUACCAAUCAGUUCAUCGGGAUUAUCUCAGAAGAACGUGCUCAACAAGCAACCAACCAAGUUAUCGCAUCCGAGGCCUUCCAAUGGGGGUCGCGUGGAUGACGAUGAUUACGAGGACGAUAGAGUGGUUGUUGAAACCGGCACUGCAGGGUUUCAAGCUACGGAGUUUGCUCUAAAUUUGUUCAAGAAUUUGGAACGGCUACCGAACAGUGACUCCGUAAUAAGCCCACUUCUGCCACAGCUCUUGCUUUCGAGUUUGGUGGACUAUGCAAGUCCGGUGGCACAGGCCCAACUAAAAAAGACUAUCUUAUUGCACCCGUCCCAGCUGGCUUCACUAGCUAGUAAACUCGAAAGGAUUUCCAAGUCUACGGUAAAUACGAUCGAAACUGCUUCGGCCAAUUUCAUAGCCCAAGAUGUAGUUCUCAAUAAGACCUAUGCCAGCGACGUUGGCACACGCAAUGUUGAAGUAAGGCGGGUAGAUUUUAAUCAGCCGCAACAAGCAGCCCGUAAUGCUAACAACUGGGUCUCGGGGAAGACUCAUAAUUUAAUCAACGAAAUCCUCAAUCCGAGCACCAUCAAUCCAUAUACUCGACUGCUGUUGGUGAACACCAUCUACUUCAAAGGCAUGUGGAAGUAUACCUUCAUUGAAACAAAUCCGGGACUAUUCGAAUCGUCGCCAAACAAUAACCAUCAGCUCAAUAAAAUGUUCCAACUCAACAAGCUUCGCUACGGUGAGCUGAACUUCCCCGAUGGAAACGGACUUCGCUGGGUGGAGCUCCCCUACGAAGGUAACAGUCUAGCCAUGGUGGUUUUCCUGCCAACCGUACGGCAUCAGUUGGACGCAGCAGCGCGUCAGCUAAAGCCGUACGAUCUUGCAAAAGUGAUGGCCGACCUGCAGGGUACCUACAUCAACACCAAAGUGCGUCUAAAUAUGCCCAAGUUUACGCUGACCGAUUCAGUAUCGCUGAUCCCGGCGUUAAAACGAAUGGGACUGCACUCAAUCUUCCAGGAUCCGGACGCACUGCAGUACAUAACAAAUGAGUCAACGGCAGUGUCCGAUGUUACCCAGCGAUCGUACAUGAGCGUGGACGAGUUCGGUACGAAGGCUACCUCGGUGGCGUCCCUUUCGAUCAUAACGUUGAGCAUCACUCCGCAGUACAAGGAUGUCAAAUUUGACGUGGAUCAGCCUUUCCUGGUGAUGAUUGUCGAUAAGCAGGAACGCUAUCCGUUCUUCAUUGGGCAGAUCAAUAACCCAAGAGAAUGAGCGUUGAUUUAGGUUUGCAUAAUCCAAUGAAUUUAAAAGCGGUUUCAAUUUUAUUCGACAAAUAAAUUAAAAUAAAACUCCA